AUGACUUCAAUAGGUCAAGAUCUUAUUUUUGCCUCUCUUCUCUUCUUCUUGCUUCUCUAUCCUUCUCUUGGUGUUGAUGUUGUUGGUGCUGGUGCUGGUGCUGGUGCUUUGAACUCUGCUCUCUUCCCUCCUGCUCCUCCUCCCCCCAACUAUUUUCGCAUUUUUGACCAUUUGGCAAGUCUUUUCUCUGACUCUCACUUCCUCCUGUCUGAUCCUCUCCUUCUAGCUCCCUUCCCUCCUCUUCCCUCAAGAAUUUUCGCAAUUUUCACUAUUUGUUCUCUUGCCUCUUCCUCCUUUAUUAGUUUACAUGUAUUGUAGUAGUUGAAAUAUAAUUUGGAAUUUUCGCUUU